CUUUUGCCCAACCUUCCACUGUUCGAUUACCACCAGGCGGUGCGGGAGCACAGAUACCCCAUAGCUGAUUGCAAAAUGUUUCCAGUGACGGUACUUCAUCGUACAGGACGCACGCCGACUGGAAAGUACCGUCGGGGAUCAACGUCAUGGGACGGACACCGAUUGCACCAUCCCCAUGCAAACAUCACCGAAGCGAGUUAUGUAAUGCGCUACACAUUUGAUAACGCAAUGCAUUGCAGACGCCUGCCGGCGAAACUUCGUGAUUACGGGGAUGAGAAUGUACCGACCAGAAAAAAACGGUGCAACGCUCCUGCAUCUGCAACCUAUGGGAGAUUUCCUGAAUUCUCGUUGGAGGACGUGGCGCGGCAUACCAUGCCUCCUCAGAUUGCUGAUGACUUCCAGGAGGAUACUCACAUGCGUGGAUGUAAUGAAGUAGCCGUUCAAACGGAGGGUAUGAAAUGCUGUAAGUCUUCCGGUUUUGCACUUUAGAUACACGCCCUGGCAGGCAGGUGUCAUGAAUCUGACAAAAGGGUCAUGCACACUUUGCACGCUGUGGUCGGUAUGUUUGAGCUUCUUACUUGCGACGAAUUAGCAGAUUCACUUAGACGCGUGGAGGAGACCCUUCACGUAUUGAAGGAGAGCCACGCGGCCAUGAGCCAGGCCAUGUGGACUGCAAAACCAAUGCAACGUAAUGAUUUAUCUCUACC